AUGGCAGACAAAGGGUCUCCAAUGAACAACUUGAACUCGCGAGACGACGUGCUCCGCCGUGUCCAGACGGCAGACAGCGUCUUCCUACCUCGCGAGGUUUUUGAGGCUCUUUACCUCAAUCCAGAACGCAAUGUUCCCAACGAUCUGCGCAAGAGGCUCGGCAACCCUACGCCUGCCGCUUUGAUCGGCUUCGUGAUGGCAUCGACGCCUUAUGCCUGCGCCAACAUGGGCUGGCGAGGUGCAGGUGGCUUGGGAGGUGCUUUGAUUCCAGUCAUGAUCUUUUUCGGAGGCAUUCUUCAAAUCGUCGGCGCAAUGAUGGAAUGGGUUUUGGGGAACACCUUCUCCAUGUGCCUCUUCUUCACCUACGGAACCUUCUGGCUCGUCGCUGGCACGCAGCUAGUCCCCUGGUUCGGCGUGGGCAUUCACUACUCUGCCACAGGAGAUAGUCUGGCUGGCAUGGCGGAACCCGCAUAUUAUGCUACAUUUGGAUUCUACUACCUCACGCUAGCCAUGAUCACGACGGUCUUCAUGAUCUGUAGCUUGCGCACGAACAUCGUCUUCUUCUCGGCAUUGUUCACUUUGAUCUUCGCAUUCGCUUGUGCGGCUGGAGCAUUCUGGAACUUGGCACUGGGUAAUGUCCAGGCUGGAGAGAACUUGACUGUUGCCGCCGGAGCAUUCACAUUCGCAUUGACCAUGAUGAUAUGGUACCUUCUCAUCGUGCAGCUGCUCGAGUCGGUCGAUUUUCCGAUCACGUUACCUGUCGGCGACCUCUCACAGAAGAUCAGGGGGAAGAAAGAGAGGCUGGCGAUGAAGGGAGGCGUCAACGUUGCUGAGCCUGAGCAACUGCGAGAAUAA